AGUGUAUUUUUGUGUGCUUUUAUGGUUUGUCGACUUGUACCGGUGACUCGGUUGUGUUUACGUGUGCACACUUCUGCAGGCGUAUCCUCAGCGGCUCAGGCAGCUCUGCCAUAUUGGCACCAACUGAAAAUCUUGGCACGGUCAGCUGGAGUUAGCAGCAACAGAGCACAACAGUCAACAACAACAACAACAACAACAACAGCCAUAUUGUUGCAGCUGAGAUGAUCCACAGCCUGUUCCUGAUUAACCACUCAGGAGACAUCUUCCUGGAGAAACACUGGAAGAGUGUCAUCAGCCGAAGUGUGUGCGAUUACUUUUUCGAGGUCAAGGAGAAGGCGGUGGACCCUGAGAAUGUGCCCCCCGUCCUGCAGACCCCACACCACUAUCUCAUCUCCAUAUACAGGGGAAAGCUCUUCUUCCUGUCUGUUGUCCAGACUGAAGUCCCCCCGCUGUUUGUCAUCGAGUUCCUGCACAGAGUGGCAGACACAUUUCAGGACUACUUUGGCGAAUGCUCAGAAGGUGUGAUCAAGGACAACUUGGUGACAGUUUACGAGCUGCUGGAGGAAAUGCUGGACAAUGGGUUUCCGCUAGCAACGGAGUCCAACGUCCUCAAGGAGAUGAUCAGGCCUCCCAAUAUCCUGCGAUCGGUCGUCAAUACACUCACAGGAGGUAGCAAUGUUGGAGAUACCUUGCCAACAGGUCAACUGUCCAACGUCCCAUGGAGGCGAGCUGGUGUUAAAUACACCAAUAAUGAAGCAUAUUUUGAUGUCGUAGAGGAAAUAGAUGCCAUCCUGGACAAAUCGGGUACAACAGUAUUUGCAGAGAUCCAGGGUGUGGUUGAAGCCUGUGUGAGGCUCACUGGGAUGCCUGACCUGACUCUGUCCUUUAUGAAUCCUCGCCUUCUCGAUGACAUGAGUUUCCACCCGUGUGUGCGGUUUAAGCGCUGGGAGUCGGAGCGCGUCUUGUCUUUCAUCCCACCAGAUGGAAACUUUACACUCAUGACUUAUCAUGUCAGCUCUCAAAAUCUUGUAGCCAUUCCAGUGUACGUGAAGCAGAACAUCAAUUUCUUUGAGACGGGAUCUUGUGGUCGUCUGGAUAUCACCAUCGGACCAAAGCAGAACAUGGGCAAGACAGUGGAGGGCUUGAUGGUCACUAUCCACAUGCCUAAAGUUGUGCUCAGUGCCAACCUCACGGCCACACAGGGAAACUACACCUAUGAUCUCACUACCAAGGUGUUGGUUUGGGACAUUGGGAAGCUUAACCCCCAGAAGCUUCCUAACUUGCGAGGCAGUCUGAGUAUGCAGGCAGGAGCCCCCAAACCUGAAGAGAACCCCUCACUCAACAUUGAUCUAAAGAUACAGCAGCUGGCCAUAUCAGGUCUUAAAGUGAGUCGCCUUGACAUGUAUGGGGAGAAGUACAAGCCAUUUAAAGGGGUCAAAUAUCUGACGAAAGCGGGGAAAUUCCAAGUUCGGACCUAAGUGACGAUUAUCAGAGGCCAAAGGCUGGCAAUCCAAUGUGCCAAAUAGGAGGCCAGGUCACCACAAUGCUGAGUCAUCUCACCAAUACGGCUUACAUGUCCAUGUUAUUAAUGAACAAUUCUGCAUUCUUACAGUUAUUUAUUAUAUGUUUGGCAUUAAACACACACACGCACACAUACACAUAUACAUAUAUAUACACACACAGUACCUAUAGAAAGUCCACUUCUUUAGAGGUUUUUCCUUUUUAUUGUUUUAGUACAAUAUAAUUUGUUUUUUGAGAAGAUUUUACAAAAACUGACUCUUUCAUGUCCAACAAUGUCAAUUAGCCAAAAAACCUUUUGGCCACGAUUACAGCAUUGAUCUUGUGGGGAUUGAUCUCAGUCAGCCUUGCUAGUUGGGACACUUCUGUUCUACACCAUUCAUAUUUGCAGAAUUACUCUGGCUCUGUCGGUUGUGAGGCUAUUAACGAAUAGCCUUUUUCAAGUCAUGAUGCAGCCACCGCCAUGCUUCACGGCAGAGAUGGCAUGUUUGUAAUGAUGUACAGUGCUUAGUUUCUGCUGAGCAUAGUCUGAUUGCCUAAAAGCUCAAUUUUGGUCCUGGAGCGUUCUUCCAGUUGACUUUAGAGUCUCUCCCAUGCUUUCUGGCAAACUAUGGUGGAGAAUCAAUAUGAGCUUUGUUCAACAGCGGCUUUCGCUUUCUUUCCUAUAAAGCUUUGACUGGUAAAGAACAGGUAAUAGAUGUUGUAUGGAUAGUCUCUCCUAUCAAAGAUGCUGAAGUUUGUAACUCCUUCAGAGGAAUCAUCAGUGUCUUGGUGGCUUCCCUAAAUAGUCUCUUUUUUUCUCCACUGAUUUGGGGAAUUUCUUGCGUUCAUCCCCGGACAUACCUUUUCAUGGAGUUCCUUCAAGUGUUAUUUUGUUUUUCAUGGUUUUGUUAUAGCCAGUAGCACUUACUCACUAGUGACAAGACCUUUCAGAUAUAGGUGUCAUUAUACUGCAAUCAUAUGAGACACAUUUACUGCACUCAGUGUGAUCUCCACUUAACUAGAACCUGUAUUUAAUUAGGUGAGUCACUUUAUAGUUAUUAAUAAUAUAGUUGCCAGGAAAUAAUUUGACAUGAAAGGAUCAUUUUGUAAAUUGUUGUCAAAACAAGCUAAAUUAAAUUGCCAAUUCAGUGUUGAAAAGCAAUAAAAGAGGGAAAAUUUCUGAGGACGAUGAGCACUUUCUAUAGGCACUAUAUAUGUGAUAAUAUUUUUGUGCCUGUAAAGGGAAGCCUUAACAAUCAGUCUGAAUUUUUUGAAGUGCUAUUAGUUUCUAUCCAGUUUAAAUGUGCUGCAAUGUAUUAAUCAUUCCUUUUUUUGGAUUAUUUUUUAUUUUUUGUAUCUAACACUUUGUGAGUGUUGCUUAAGGAGAAUAUUUUGGUUUGAAAAAGGACACUUACAGUUCACUGCCUUGCUCAUUAGUUCACCACCACAAUCAAACAAUCUUACCUGCAUGUUGCCUAAAAGUCAACAGAUAUGCCUUCAAAAACCUGUUUGCUUAAGGUAGACAGUUUUUUUUUAUAUAUAUAUGUUUAUUUUUGAAAAAUCUAGUGUAGUGUGUCUUGAGACACUGUCUUUAGUGCAGGUAUUUUUGCACAUAUUCACUCUUUAUUGUGGCCUUUAUAGAGUAGGUAAAGUGCUUUGUGCAGCACAAACUGCAUGUUUCGAACACCUGAGGGAAAAAUAUUUUAUAGAUACAUAUCUUAUAUUGAAGGUACACAGUUUGGUGUAAGAAGCACUCUGAAAUCUACAAGAUUCUCACAUAAUCUUGAUUGCAACUUCUUUUAUAUACGGUCUGUGUUCUUUAAUCAGCACAGCAUUUGCACAAUCAGUUGUCCACGUGGAAAAUACUACUUAGAGCUCUUGUAUGAAGUUGAAUCUGUAUUUCUGUUUAUAAGAUAUCCUAUAAAAACUUUAAAAAUUGUAGGAAUGUGUGCUUUUUUUUUUUCUUUUGGCCUGUCGAUUGAACCAAACUGGUGGUAAAAUCUCAGCCUCUGGAUGGAUUGUUUUGAAGUGUAUUCAUUUAUUGACUGUGCCCAGAAGAUUAAUCCUACUGACUUUGAUGACCCUUUGAUAUUUUGUCCUGGCAUUACCAAUAGGCUGACUUUUGUGUGUGAGCUUUGCGGCCAACAGGCAUUGGUAUCCCCUUUAAUAAACUGUGAUGACUUUGGUGA